CGUUAAUAUGCCGGCCGCGCCCCUCUUGCCCAGUCCCAACCCGAUUCUCUCCUCGCAGAGGAAUUACAACCCGAGAAAGGGAAAGGACAGCAACGAGCAAAUCUCGAUACUUCUCGUGGAACUCCACAUUAAUCAAUCAUCAGGUAGUCUUGUAGUCGAUUCGCGAGAAUGGGCACUCACAAGGGCUCCACGGUGCGGAUGCUGCUGCUACUUGCUCCGCUCCUCCUUGCGGCGGCAGCGGCCGCAGAGACAACAAAAUUUGGUCUAGAGGAGGAGGAAACCGGGAAGGCAGGGGAGGAGGACUCUUCCGAGUCAUGGACCAUCUGGGCCAAGGACAAGAUCUCUGAGGGAUUGGGUCUCAAACACCAGCAGAAGCGAGAGGAAGAGGAGGCAGCUCAGAAGGCCCGAGAUAAUGUGGAGAGUGCCAAAAGAGAGGCCCAACAGAUGGCUUCCGACAAGGCGUCGGACAUCAGACAGGCAGCCAAGCAGGCUGCCCAUGCAACGGGGGAAGCAGCUAAGGGGAGCAAGGAUAAAGCGCAAGAGCUUGCCUCCGAAACGGGACGACGUGCUGCAGAGAAGGCAGGCGAGGCAGGAGAAUGUCUGAUGGAGAAGACAGGGAAGGCCAAGGAUGCUGCGAUGGAGGUUGGGCAUCAAUCGGUGGACACGGCCGGUGAAGUAAGGGAAGGGACGAUGGACAGCGCAGGGAAGGCCAAGGAUGCCGCCGUGGGUGCCACUGAGGAGGCUGCGAGCGAGUCCGCAGAAGCGGAGGCGGAGGCGGAGGCCCAGGAGCAGCUCCUCAAGGCCAAGGAGAAGGCCAAAGAGAAGGUUGAGGAGGGGUAUGCUGCUGCCAGAACCAAGGCCGGGGAAGCUCUGGAUGCCACCAAGAAGACCCUCGCCUCCAACUACGAGACCGCGAAGGAGAACAUCAUGGGAGGUUCUUCCAGACGAGAAGACGAGCUCUGAGAGUGUUUCUUCUUUUCGUGUGAGAUGCGGGAGAGUGGCUUCCGUGAUCUCUUUCUUCCUUCUGUAACAUAUAUAUAUAUAUAUAUAUA